CUGGUAUUUCGCGCAUCAGUCAUCAACGAGCAUGAUGCGAGUGCUAGUGUGUGCGUUAGCGAUCCUGUCAACGGUAGCCGCUCAGAAAGAGCUGCACUACGUACCCGGUCAUGAUGGGAUGGUACAUCUUUUUGAAUGGAAAUGGCACGAUAUCGCAGAUGAAUGUGAAAGAUUCCUCGGUCCCAUGGGAUUCGGUGGCGUGCAGGUUUCUCCGAUCCAAGAGAAUGUGAUCGUAGGCAGUAGACCAUGGUGGGAACGUUACCAGCCUAUAUCCUAUAAAUGGUACACGAGAUCGGGCACGCCGGACGAAUUCAGGGAGAUGGUUCGCAGGUGUAACAACGCCGGCGUGAGAAUUUACGUCGACGUGGUGUUCAAUCACAUGACCGGUGAUCACGAUAACGCAAAAGGUACCGGCGGUACGACAGCGGAUACUCAUGGCUUCAGCUAUCCGGGGGUACCGUAUUCCCAGUACGAUUUUCACUAUCCUCCUUGCGCCAUCAAUAAUUAUCAAGACCCGGCAAAUGUGCGGAAUUGCGAAUUAGUCGGUCUGCAUGAUCUCGAUCAGUCGAAGGAAUAUGUCAGAGAGAAGAUCGUCAAUUUCUUGAACGAAGCCGUCGACGCUGGAGUCGCUGGUUUUCGAGUAGACGCAGCUAAACACAUGUGGCCGGAAGAUCUAAAAACGAUCUUCUCUCGGUUGAAAAAUCUCAAUCCCGAGCAUCAUUUCCCUUCAGACGCGCGGCCCUAUAUAGUUCAAGAGGUAAUCGAUUACGGCGGCGAGGCAAUCAGCAAAUAUGAAUACAACUCUUUCGGCGCGGUAACGGAAUUCCGAUACGGCAUGGAGAUCAGCAACUCCUUGAACGGAAACAAUCCGUUGAAAUGGUUUGUCAAUUGGGGAGAAGCUUGGGGCCUGUUACCGUCUCAAGAUGCUCUGGUAUUUAUCGACAAUCACGAUACUCAACGUGGCAACCCCAAUAUCCUCACCUACAAGUCAUCGAAGCUAUACAAGAUGGCCGUGGCUUUCAUGCUGGCGCAUCCCUACGGGACCGCGCGGAUCAUGAGUUCCUUCAAGUUUGAUACUUUCGACGCCAACCCGCCGCAGGACUCCGUCGGCAAUCUCCUAUCUCCAACCAUCAAUCCUGACGAUACCUGCGGCAACGGCUGGGUCUGCGAGCAUCGAUGGCGUCAGAUUUACAACAUGGUGCGCUUCCGAAAUGCCGCGAAUAAUACCGACGUCAACAACUGGUGGGACAACGGCCAGAAUCAGAUCGCCUUCUGUCGCGGAAACGCGGGCUUCAUCGCGAUCAAUGGUGACAAAUAUGAUUUGAAGCAGACUCUCUUUACCUGUGUGGAACCUGGCACUUACUGCGACGUCAUAUCCGGGAACUUGGAGAACAACAAGUGUACUGGUAAAGUCGUAACAGUGGAUCAAGAUAGAAAGGCGUACAUAGAAAUCCCUUUGAACCAGGAAGACGGUGUGCUCGCUAUUCAUCGAGGGGCAAAGGUGAAAUCAUAAAGAUCUGAUUGAACGAAUUAAAAAUUGCUUGCUAUGAUACAGUAUAUAAGUAUAAUAAAAAAUGCUACAUAAUGUAUAAGAUUAAUAUAAUUUAAUUGCACUUCGGAUUAAUUAUACGAUCGACUAUUUAAAAUAUAAUUUGUUUGUGUACUUUUACUUGUUAGGAAUAAAAUAUGAGUGUUUGCGUAUCACA